GAAGGUGGAGAUGAAGAACAGGAGGUUGGGUUCACCAUCGAUAUCAAAAGCUUUCUCAAACCCGGCGAAAAGAGCUAUACGCAGCGCUGCCGGCUGUUCGUGGGGAAUCUGCCUACUGAUAUCACCGAGGAAGAUUUCAAGCGCCUCUUCGAGCGCUAUGGAGAGCCGAGCGAGGUCUUCAUCAAUCGGGACCGCGGUUUCGGCUUCAUUCGCCUGGAAUCUAGGACACUGGCUGAAAUAGCAAAGGCCGAACUUGAUGGUACUAUUUUGAAGAGCAGACCACUUCGAAUUCGAUUUGCUACGCAUGGAGCUGCCCUGACGGUCAAGAAUCUUUCACCUGUUGUUUCUAAUGAGCUGCUGGAACAAGCAUUCUCUCAAUUUGGGCCAGUGGAAAGAGCUGUUGUUGUAGUAGAUGAUCGUGGCAGAGCUACAGGAAAAGGUUUCGUAGAAUUUGCAGCAAAACCUCCAGCACGGAAAGCUCUAGAAAGAUGCAGUGAUGGGGCAUUCUUGCUAACAACAACACCUCGACCUGUUGUUGUAGAACCAAUGGAGCAAUUUGAUGAUGAAGAUGGGCUCCCAGAGAAGUUGAUGCAAAAAACACAACAGUAUCACAAGUACAUUGAACAGCCUCCACGUUUUGCUCAGCCUGGAACAUUUGAGUUUGAGUAUGCUUCACGGUGGAAGGCUCUUGAUGAGAUGGAAAAGCAACAGCGUGAACAGGUUGACAGGAACAUUAGAGAAGCCAAAGAAAAACUAGAGGCAGAAAUGGAAGCAGCUAGACAUGAGCAUCAGCUAAUGCUGAUGAGGCAAGAUCUCAUGCGACGUCAAGAAGAAUUGAGGCGUUUGGAAGAACUUCGAAAUCAAGAACUUCAAAAACGCAAGCAGAUACAAUUGAGACAUGAAGAAGAACAUAGACGUCGUGAAGAAGAGAUGCUACGUCAGAGGGAACAGGAGGAAUUACGACGACAGCAGGAGGGAGGAUUUAAGCCAAAUUUCAUGGACAAUAGAGAACAGGAAAUGAGAAUGGGUGAUAUGGGUCCUCGUGGAGCAAUAAACAUGGGAGAUGCGUUUAGCCCAGCACCUGCUGGUAACCAAGGCCCUCCUCCAAUGAUGGGUAUGAAUAUGAACAACAGAGGAACUUUACCUGGCCCUGCAAUGGGUCCUGGUCCUUCCAUGGGACCAGAAGGAGCUGCAAAUAUGGGAACACCAAUGAUGCCAGAUAAUGGAACAGUGCAUAAUGAGAGAUUCCCUCAAGGAGGUCCAUCACAGAUGGGUUCGCCUCUGGUUAGUAGAACGGGCUCUGAAACUCCUCAGCCGCCAAUGAGUGGUGUAGGUGCCGUGAGUGGUGGACCUGGUGGCUUUGGUAGAGGAAACCCAGGGGGCAACUUUGAAGGACCUAACAAGCGUCGCAGAUACUAAAACUUGUUUCAUUCCUUACUGUUUAGAAAUUCCAGUAAAAAUAUACGGUGAUAUGCCUUUAUAAUUUUAGCUGUUAUCUGGAAACGGUUUUAUUGUUAUUGUAGUCUUUAAAACAGUUUCUUUUGUAAAACCUUUUUUGUAUUCAGUCAUAGGCUUUGUAGUAUAGAGCAGAAAUGAUGCAGAUCAUUAUGUAAGGCGAUGUGUUUGUGACUCUAGAAAAAUACAAUGUGUGACUAUGUUGUAAAAUGUGCAGUUAUCUGAUUACAAUAAAAUACAAAAAUCACUUGAAAGGA